AAGGAGAGGAGUGAGUGAAUAAGUGUAGUGUUUGUUUGUUAUUCUGCUUUCAUUUGUCUAUCAAUCACCAAAUACACACACUCUCUCUCUCUCCCAGUUGUUGUAUAUACUGCGCUCCCCCCUUUUCUCUCUCUUAUUUUGGUUUUGGUUUUGGUUUUGAAAAGUGUAUUUGGUGAAGAAGUAAUUCGAAGAGACAAGAAGCAGUUGCUGCUGCUAUUCAUAUCAACAACACGUUCGAGUCUUGAGAUUUCAUUUCAUUUCAGAAUAUUGUAGCUGUAAUCUGUCGGAUCUACUCUCUUAGGCCGGGAUUUACCUUGCUUGGCUUUUAGAUUCUCUGAUCUGCCAUCACAUAUCAUCAUCGUUAUUUGCUUGCCAUUUAUAUACAUGUUGUUUUUGUAAGGGGUAUCUAUCUAUCUAUCUGAUGGGUUCCAGGUUCCCGUCUCAUCAGCUGAGUAAUGGGCUUUACGUCUCUGGGCGCCCCGAGCAGCCAAAAGAAAGAGCUCCAACAAUGACUUCUUCAGCUAUGGUUUAUACCGGCGGCGACAUCAAAAAGUCAGGGGAGCUGGGAAAGAUGUUUGAUAUUAAUACUACUGACGCCUCCAAGGCCAGGAAGUCUGGCCCCAUAACCGGUCCUUCUAGAACCGGAUCUUUUGCUUCACAUUCGGGGCCAAUACCCAAUGCUGCUGCUGCUAGGUCUAGCUACUCUGCAUCAGGCCCUGUCAACAAGUCAAAUUCGGGUCCCUUAAAUAAGCAUGGUGAGCCCAUAAAGAAGUCAUCUGGUCCUCAGUCUGGUGGAGUCACACCUGUGAACCGCCAAAAUUCGGGUCCUCUGCCACCUCUUCUGCCUACAACUGGCCUGAUUACAUCUGGUCCGAUCUCUUCGGGCCCCCUCAAUUCAUCCGCGGCUCAACGCAAGUUUUCUGGUCCUCUAGACUCCAAGGGUUCAUCGAAACUACAUGGUGUUCACAAUCAAGCGGUCACUACUCUUACCAAAGACGACGAUUAUUCUUUCAACAAGGGUUUCCCUAAGAUAAUUUUGUGGUCCAUGAUUUUGCUGUUCAUGAUGGGAUUUAUUGCUGGUGGUUUUAUUCUUGGGGCGGUCCACAAUGCUAUCCUUUUGGUCGUGGUGGUGGUUCUUUUCAUCAUUGUUGCCGCAUUGUUCACUUGGAAUACUUGUUAUGGCAGACAAUCUAUUAUUGGUUUUAUUGCCCGUUAUCCCGAUGCUGAACUCAGAACUGCAAAAGAUGGCCAAUAUGUCAAGGUUUCUGGGGUGGUGACAUGUGGAAACGUACCUCUAGAGUCAGCCUUCCAGAAGGUUCCGAGAUGUGUGUAUACUUGUACGAGCUUAUACGAGUAUCGAGGAUGGGACUCCAACCCUACACAUCGUAGGUUCAGCUGGGGACUCAGGUCAUCAGAAAGGCAUGUGGUGGAUUUCUACAUAUCGGAUUUCCAAUCUGGAUUGAGAGCAUUGGUAAAGACAGGGUAUGGAGCAAGGGUGACCCCUUAUGUGGACGAAUCUGUGGUUGUUGAAGUCAACCCUUUGAAUAAAGACAUGUCCCCAGACUUCACAAGGUGGCUCGGGGAGAGAAGCCUGGCAAACAAUGAUCGCGUCAUGAGAUUGAAAGAAGGGUACAUCAAGGAAGGGAGCACGGUAAGCGUGAUGGGAGUGGUGCAGAGGAAUGAGAAUGUGCUAAUGAUAGUACCUUCAGAAGAAGCAUUCACAACAGGGUGCCAAUGGACAAAGUGUAUGCUGCCAGGAAGCCUGGAGGGGAUAGUCUUGAGAUGUGAAGAUGCGUCGAAAGUGGAUGUCAUACCCGUGUAGGUAGGAAGGAAGGAAUGGUGAUGGUCUGGGUUUGAAUGAAUCUCGAAAUAUACAUAAUAAUAUAUAUAUAUAUAUAUAUAGGCAGGUGGUAGAUACUAGUGGUUUGGGUGUUGCAGUUGUAUGUUAUUGUGAAUAGGUUUUUGAUGGAAGAAGAUAGUGGUGUUUGAUUCUGUGAGGAGAGGUUGGCCGGUUUCAACAUUUGCUUUCUUUCUUAUUGCACCUCCCUUUGUCUUUGUCA